AUGGUCUCCAAAGUAGAACUGAUUCUGGUGAUCAUCACCACCGCCGCCGUCAUCACCGGCGCACUGGGAUACUCGAUUCACGCGGAAAAGACUCAUUCAUCCUCAUCCCACUCCUCCUCCUCUCACACCGGUCGCAUCCUGAAGAAGCAGCUCUCCGAUGAGGACCACUUCAAGGACCUCGACCACGACGGCGUGGCCGAGGCGCACAACCGCGACUUCGACCACGAGGCCUUCCUCGGCUCGGCCGACGAGGCGGACGAGUUCGACGCCCUCUCGCCGGAGGAGAGCAAGCGCCGCCUGGGCGCCAUCGUCGCCCGCAUCGACGCCGACGCCGACGGGAACGUCACCGAGGCGGAGCUGAAGGCGUGGAUCACCGCCGCCCAGCGGCGCUACCUCCUCGAGGACGUCGACCGGCAGUGGGAGGCGAACACCGACCGCGACCCCGCCGUCACCGCCAUCAGCUGGAGCAGCUUUCGAAAUCGAACCUACGGCUUUCUGGAUGAGAUCGCCGGAAGUCGCGCCCCCGACGACCUGAAGACCUACACUGAGAUGCUCAAACGCGACGAGCGGCGCUGGGCGCAGGCGGACGUGGACGGCGAUGGCGCCCUGAACCGCGCCGAGUUCACUCUCUUCCUCCACCCCGAGGAGGACGGCCGCAUGCACUCGGUGGUGGUGGAGGAGACGCUGGAGGACGUCGACCGCGACGGCGACGGCCGCAUCAGCGAACACGAGUACAUCGCCGACAUGUACGCCCCCGAGGACGAGCACUCGCAGUACGUGCCCGAGUGGGUGGCCCGCGAGCGGGAGCAGUUUCGGACGUACCGCGACCAGGACGGCGACGGCUACCUCGACCGGGGGGAGAUCCGCCAGUGGAUCGUCCCCACGGACUACGACCACGCCGGCGCGGAGGCGAAGCACCUCCUGCAGGAGGCAGAUGGCAAUGGCGACGGCCUCCUAUCGAAGGAGGAGAUCCUCGCCAACUACGACGUCUUCGUUGGGAGU